AUGGGUAUAAAGGUAAUAAAUGUGAUUCUGCUAAUUGCAUUGUCGGCUUGUCUGAUACAUGCCGUUGCCGGGAAGCCGAAACCGAGAGACAGUUCUGUUGUGGAGGAACAGAGCCUGGGCCCCAUCCACGAUGGAGACAUGGAUGUAAAAUCGAAAGCAGAAACCACAACGCCAGAGUCAAGGAUCCCAGGGCGAGUUUCGUGCGAUUUUGAAGAAGCCAACGAGGACGCGGUUUGUCAGGAGCAUUGUCUACCAAAAGGUUACACAUACGGCAUUUGCGUUAGUCACACAUGUAGUUGCAUUUAA